CAGCUGAAUCGCCAUGACGACAGAGGAAGGGGAGCCACAGGAGGCCACGCCCAACGAGUUCUUCCCUGAAGCCGCCUCCCACUCCACACCUAAACAGGGGGCAGGGGGCGGGGCCACCCAGAUCGCGACGGACGACUUGAGCGUUCCCCUGUCGCCGAGCGGGCGCGUUGCUCGUUCUCCAGGAAGGAAGACGCUGAGCUUCAGGACCAUGCAGGCGAAGGUCACUCUGCUGGACGGCUCGCUGUUCACCUGCACUGUGGAGAAACGAUCUCGUGGUUUUCAUCUGUUUGAGAAGAUUUGUGAACACGUCAACCUGCUGGAGAGAGACUACUUCUGUCUGUCCUUCAGAGACACAGACAACAACAAGAACUGGUUGGAUCCAGCGAAAGAGAUGAAGAAGCAGGUCAGAGGUGUUCCCUGGAUCUUCUCCUUUAAUGUGAAGUUUUACCCUCCUGACCCCGCCCAGCUGUCUGAGGACAUCACCAGGUACUUCCUGUGUCUCCAGCUCAGACAGGACAUCGUCUCUGGUCGUCUUCCUUGUUCGUUUGCGACUCACACUGUUCUUGGUUCCUACACCGUCCAAUCAGAGCUCGGAGAUUACGACCCCGAUGACUGUGGAUCCAACUCCAACUACGUCAGUGAACUUUGUUUUGCUCCAAAUCAAACUAAAGAAAUGGAAGAAAAGAUCAUUGAGCUGCACAAAACUCUCAGAGGGAUGACACCAGCUGAAGCUGAAAUGAACUUCCUGGAAAACGUCAAGAAACUUUCAAUGUACGGAGUGGACCUUCAUCAUGCGAGGGACUCGGAGGGCGUGGCCAUCAUGCUGGGUGUGUGCAAUAGCGGCCUGCUCGUCUACAGAGACCGCCUGAGGAUCAACAGAUUCUCGUGGCCAAAGAUUUUGAAGAUUUCGUACAAAAGAAACAACUUUUACAUUAAGAUCCGACCUGGAGAGUUUGACCAGUUUGAGUCCACGAUUGGUUUUAAGCUUUUCAACCACAGAGCAGCAAAGAGGCUGUGGAAGGUCUGUGUGGAGCAUCAUUCCUUCUUCAGGUUGGUGUCUCCAGAGGAACCUCCUAAGAAAUUUCUGUCUCUGGGUUCAAAGUUCCGUUACAGUGGUCGGACUCAGAUUCAGAGUCGCAGAGCCAGCGCUCAGAUCUCCAGACCUGCACCCAAUUUCCCACGAUGUGUCAGCAAGAGGAACUUGAUGAGCCGCAGCCUGGACGGAGGCUCGAGGACCACGCCCACACCCUCUCUGAUUGGCUCUCCAGCCAUCACAGCUUUCCCCAAAGCCAACGGUGGUACACACACAGAUAUGGGUACAGGAUUGUAUGCAGCAUCUAAAUCCAUGGCUGUCAGUGACCUCAUCACCAUGGUAACACCUGAGAAGAGGACAGAGGAGAGGGAGGAGGAGCCAGAGGACGAGGUGCUGGUGGUGGAGGAGGUGGUACAAGAAGUUAUGGAGGAAGAGGAGGAGACAAGAGCGACAGACAUUUCUCCUCCUACUCCUCACAAACAGGAAACCAAGACGGAGUUGACUGACACUAUGGACGGAGACCUGACGGCCACUGAGUCUGAUCAGGAUGAAGAUUUGAAAACUCAGGAGACAUUGAGUCCUGAAGAUGUCCAGAAACCUCAGAGCACCAUCAGCGCGCUCAGGCGCUCCUUCUUAGAGGGCGGGGGAGCGGGGGGGGAGACUGAGUGGGAGAGACGUCUCGCUGCGUCGCCGCUCCGAAGAAUCCUCGACGCUCCGAUGAUCGAACCUCUGGAGCCGGACGAGGAGGGCGGGGUCAUAACAAACCAACAAUACCCUAAGCCAAUCAGAGAGAAGAGUUACACUGUGGGGCGGAGCUACGACACCACCUCGGGCAGGACUGUCACCAUGACAUCUAAGGAUAAUAGCUCUGAUGUUGCCAUGACACCGAGCAAUGAGACGGACAGGCACCUCCCACUUUCCACUGUUGAUGAUGUCAUCACAGGGGGGGCCCUGAUGACCAUCUGUGAGGUGAAGACGCCGGUCUCACCGGCGGAGCCCCUGUCCACCGUCAUGAGUGAGACUGGAGGAAGUGGGGUCAGAGCGCUGGGCUGGGAGAUGCCCCCCCUCCUCCAUCCCAGAUCACCUGUGGGCGAGCCGAACCUAAGUCCCGCCUCCAGCAGGAAGUCUCCCUCCACGGCCAGAGUGGCUAUAGCUACAUUUGAUGAAAUGUCUCCUGAACUAAACGCUCUCCUGAAGUCGGCCAGAGAUCAAGAAACCUUUAGAGAACACAACCUGCUGAAGACGUCGGAGAAAGUGGAGACGCUCCUCUUGAUGACACAAUCACAUGACCAGGACCAGCCAUUGGUGGACCAGGUAGCAAUAGGAAGUGUUUUAGGCCCGCCCCCUAGUAACCCUCCGCCCACUCCCCAGGAGGCUGAUGUCACCCAUACUAAUGAUGUCAUAGAGGGAUGGGCCAGUGAUGAUGACAAGGCUAACCGGUCUAAAAGUCCCGUAGAUAAGCCCGAUGAGUAUUUCGAUGAUGAGCCUAGUAGCGAAAUUAGCGAUGAAGAUGCUAGCGAGGCUAGCGAAGAUGCUAUCAGUGUGUUAGCGCAGGCAGCAGUAGAGGAGGCUAUGACGGCUGCUGUCAUACAGGCUCAGAGCCUAGAUGCUAGCGAUGCUAAUCAGGAUAGCAUGAAUGUUAACACACUGGCUAGCUACGAUGAAGUGAACAGCCGCCCCGCUGGGGGAGGGUCUCAACGUUACCGUAGCAACGAGGACUCAGACCACUCUGAAGACGACCAAGCCGAUUGGAGGAUCAGGGAAAACGCCACUCCACGCUCUUUGCUCCGCCCAACUCCACGGUCCAAUCAGAUGCAGCCGUCCCACCAUAGUGACGAUGAGGACGAAGAACCUAAACCUCUGCAGGAGGAGAUCCCAGUAAUGAGGAAGACUUUCACCUAUGAAGCUCCAGGGAGCCGAGUGGAGUCAGGUGUCCCCUCAGGACGACUUCUGAGCUCACAGACGUUCACCGCCGAGACGUCCAGCACCAGCACCACCACACACAUCACCAAGACAGUAAAAGGAGGAAUUUCAGAAACCAGAAUCGAGAAGAGAAUCGUCAUCUCUGGAGACACCGAGAUCGACCACGACGAGGCCCUGGCUGCGGCGCUAAGUGAAGCCCGGCGGCAGCAUCCUGAGCUGUCCGUCACACGAGUCGUCGUCCACAAAGAAACUGAAGUGUCUCCUGAUCAUGUGAUUGAUUAAUGACAUCACAGGACUGAUUCCUGAGGCCUCUGCUGCAUUGUGGGAGAUGUAAUCCAGACAACCAAAAAACUGUUUGCAGCAGCAACACGCACGCACGCACGCACACACAUACACACAACCACACAACCACAAAGCCUGACUGGUGGCUGAGUUAGCUUCAGUUAGCAUAAGCAUUAGCUAGUAUGAUUAGAUUUAGUUGAUAUUUUCACAGUUGAGAUAAUACAGAACCUGUGAGAGACACAAGGGGGCGCUGCUGUGGGGCCAUCAGCACAUUCCUAUGGCAAUCAGACAACCUGCCCCAUUUGACGUCUUAUUAGCCCCGCCCACACACCUCUGAUAGGUUAAAGCAGACACCUGAUGGGAAUGUUGAUGAAUGAUUGCUCUGAUUGGAUGAUGGAAGAUCAGCUGGCUGUUACAUGUCUCACUUGCAAGGAACUGGAUCUUUUAUUCUGACAGUCUGAUGCCAACUGUUUCCUGUCUGAAAUGUAACAUAGCAUGAAAGCUAGCUUUAUACCCGCUCACAGUUUUACGGCAAAAUUCAGGACUGUACUUACCCAAAAUGCAACAGUAAUAUGCCAUUAUGACAUCCCUGUUAUGAAUUAUUUCUGUCAUGUUAUGUUUAUUUAUUGAGUUAUUUAUUGGUAUUUCACACUCACCACUCCCCCCGGUUUCAGGUUACAAAUAAC